UCCCAGCCAGGGCUGCGUGCCAGGACUCCCCGCAGCAGCUGCUGACCAAAUCCCCCUGGGAAUGAGAAGCUGGGAAGAGACACACAGCAGCAAAGAGGCCCACAGGCGUUGAUCUGAAGAGGCCAGGACCCAGGAGAGGCACAAUGGGUGGGCUGCAAGGCUGAGACCCUGGCACUGCUUGGCACCGAACGAGGGGUCUACCAAGAACUGACCGGAAGCUGCAGAUGGCAGCCCACCUGAGAAAGACGCCGGAGUUUUCCCUCGCCAGCCUGCCUUCCUGGUUGGUGGGCAGCCCAGACUUCACUUUGGGCCAGCUCUACCUGUUGGUCACUCUCUUCCUGGCGGAGAUGGUGGCCAGCCGCGUGACGGCCUCGCUGCUUUUGCAGGCUUGCGCCUUCCACACCUUGGAAGGCACGCUGGCCCUGGCGGUCUGCUUGAUGGACGCCCGGCUGGGCACGGCGGCCGGUGCUUACGCCAGCUGGAAGAACACAUUUGGGUGGUCGCGAGCCCCCGUCGUCGGCACCCUGGUCAGCGCCGUGUUGCUGAGCGCGUUGUGCCUGGCUCUGCUGGCCGAGGCCCUUCGGAGAAUGGUGGAGCCCCGGCUGACCCAGCACCCGCUGGCACUGAUGGGCAUCGGGGCCCUGGCCAUCCCCAUCCACCUGGUCAGGGAGGUUUUGCCCUGCAAAGCGCCCGCUAAGCUGGACGUCGGAGCCUGCUGUAGCAAACAAAGGUUUGGGCCAAUGGGGAAGCAGGAAAUGGAAGAUCUUCUGGGCCACGGAUCCUCAAACCACAGACAAACCUGGUUGGUCAGAGAGAAGGAAGGGAAUCCUGCAUUGGCCACGGGACCGUGGCGGACUCUUUAUCUCGGAUGGAUGAUGGCUUGUUUUGGACCCCUGGCGGUUUUCCUGCAUUCUCUCCUGAUCUACCUCUGGUGGACUCCCUGCCCGGGACACGCCAUGUGCCUUGAACCCUGCCCAAAGGAUCCGUGUCAGCUUUGGGUAACGUCUGAGGUCUUGCCAGCCCUGUCAAUGGAUUGUUGGCUGCUGUACGUGGAUCCCGGGCUGGCGAUGGUGGUUGCCGUAGCCUUCCUGUGGCUGAUCUGGCCCGCCUUGAGGGCCUCGGCUCUGGUUCUCCUCCAAGCCAUGCCAGAAGGCCUGGAUCUGUGGCUCUUGGAGAGACACCUCCAGGCCACGGAGGGGGUGGUGGCCGUGCAGCAGCUCCGCGUCUGGCAGCUGGACGGCUGUGGCCGUUUGGUGGCCACGGCCCAUGUGGUGUGUCUUGACGUGGCCGCUUUUGGGCCGGUGAUUCAGAGGGUCAAGGGUGUGUUCUGCGAACAUGGCAUCCACGCCGUCACGGUGGAGCCGAACUUGGGGAUGUGCCCGAAUAAGGAAUGUCGGGAAGGGUCCGGACAAGGACCGGCUAAGAGGCAGCUGCGUGCAGAUGCUGCAGAGAUGCUGGAGUUUGAGACCUGGGUAUGAAAAGAAAGGAAAAGAAGGAAGGGAAAGGGAAAGAGGAAAGGAAAGGAAGAUAGAUGAAGGAAAGGAAAGGAAGAAGAUAGAAGAAGGAAAGGAAAGGAAGAUAGAUGAAAGAAAGGAAGAUAG